UGAUAAGGCAAAGAGAUCAAUAUGGAAAUUAAACGCAUAAUAUAAUUAAUGGAGUUGAAGAUGAUGAUGAAUUGGUUAGUACUGUUGAUAUUUGGAGGUUUAGUUUUAGUUUUUGGAGUUUUGAAGAGAUUGAAUGAUUGGUAUUAUGAAGCUAAGCUUGGGAAAUUAUGGCCUAAGCUUCCUCCUGGCCAUAUGGGUUGGCCUUUUCUUGGUUCUUCUCUAUCUUUCAUCAAAGAUUACACUGCUGGUCGACCUCGAAGUUUCCUUAAAACCCUUAAGAUCAGACAUGGGAAAGCUGAUAUGUACAAAACUCACUUACUUGGGAGGGCAUGUGUAAUUGUUUACACACCUGAAAUCUGUCGUCAAGUCUUGACAAAUGAAGAAAUAUUCAUUCCUAGUUUACCCAAAAACAUAGUAAUUUUAUCUGGUAGAAAAUCACUUAUGCAAGUCACCAAGGCCGAGCACCGGCGCCUACGGCGGCUCACGACAGCCCCGGUCAGCAGCCACACCGCGCUCGAGAUGUAUAUCAAUGAUAUUGAGCAAACAGUGAUGAAUGGGUUAGAGGAAUGGGCAAGCAUGAAGUCCCCAAUUGAGCUGUUGACUGAGAUGAAGAAGUUGACUUUCAAAGUUAUUUGGAACAUUUUUAUGGGUUCAACCUCUUCCAUGGGAGAAAAUGAGAGUUCUUUGUUUUAUGAAGUUGCUGCCGGAUUUUUGUCUUUGCCCAUCAACUUUCCUGGCUUUGGCUUCCAUAAGUCCUUCAAGGCACGAGAAAAGUUGAUGGAAAGACUUCAAUGUAUCAUCGAUGAGAAGAGAUCGAUGAAAACGAGGAAAGGGGAAAAUUGGGAAGCAAAAGAUACGAUGGAUUUGCUCAUAGAUGUGAAAGAUGAAGAUGGUGAAGAGUUGGAUGAUGAGACCAUUAGAGAUUUGAUAUUUGGUAAGUUAUUUGCUGGCCAUGAAACUUCAGCUUACACUGCUAUGUGGGCUGUUUUGUUUCUUACCGAUCAUCCACAUACAUUUCAAAAGGCCAAGGAAGAACAAGAAGAGCUUAUUAGACGAAGACCCUCGACUCAAAAGGGUAUAAAUCUCUCCGAAUUUAAACAAAUGAAAUAUCUUUCCCAGGUGAUAGAUGAGACACUUCGUGUUGGUAGUAUCACAUCUUUGCUUUAUCGUGAGACAACGAUCGAUGUCGAAAUUAACGGUAAAAUUAUACCAAAAGGAUGGAGAGUACUACCUUGGCUAUCUGAGCUUUAUAUGAAUGAAACAUCAUUUUCUUCCCCACAAGAUUUUAAUCCUUCAAGAUGGGAUAAUGUUAGAGUGAAACCAGGAGCUUUUGUUCCUUUUGGAUUAGGAAACAGGUUGUGCCCUGGCAGUGAUCUGGCCAAGCUUGAGAUCUCAAUUUUUCUUCAUUAUUUUCUCCUCAAUUACAAGGUGGAACGACUUAAUCCAAAAUCUAAAUUGACUUAUGCACCAUUCCCUCAUCCUGAGGACAAAUGUUUGGCAAGAGUGUUCAAAGUUUGAGUAACGAGAUGUCUAUAUAUAUAAGAUUAUGAAUGCUAGCUUUGUUCAUCUUUUGGCUCAACAAAAAUAAAACCUUUAUA